CAGUAGAAGCUGCGGGCGGUUGGCUUUCUUUCUUCCUCCAAGAAGAUCUGACAAAAUAAUGUGUGCAUGAACUUAAUUAGUUGGCAGCAUAAGCUGCAGGCAGUUGCCUUCUCUUUCUGUGAUUGUUAUGUCUGUUUAAGUGAAUUAUUAUUUCAUGUUCAAUGUUUGUUGAAAAUUUUGGCUAAAAACUGGAUGUUUUUUAUGCUAUAUCACUUUUUUAAGUUUUUCUUCCAUUCCUUUCCUUUUAACGGUGCGUUUUAACGAAAGAAAUGAAACUUUUUAUGUUUAAUGUGCGGACUGCACACGUUAUCUUCUUCCUUUUACCAUACUUUUGUCCGAGCGGUUGAAAUUGAAAUUGCAAUCAAUGCCGAAUUGGACACAUCCGACGGAUGUGGGUUGCAAUUGCAUCACCUGCGAGUGGCUGAACGAUCGCGGAUCUGGUAGGAAAGGCUGAAGAAUGACACCACCAUCCUUUGCCCUCUGGACGCUAACUCUCUUGACAUCGCCAACGGAAAUCUUUUUCUCGGCCUUGGAUGGUCUGAUCUACUGAUCCGGAUGAACGAAGAGUCAAGAUCCGACCCUACCCGAUCUGUACUCGAGUUGCUGGUUUUUGACGAGAUUAGGGUAGCAGUCAGUUUAUGCUUUGGCUGGUGAUCUGAUUCAUAGACAGGUAAGAAGCUGUAAUUUUUUUUUAUUUUUAUUUUUUGUGUUUUCAUUUUUCUUUUUGGAUUUUAAACUCUUGUAUUUUGUUGUGAUUGGGAGUUGUGCAAUCCAGAUUGUAGCAGAUUGCAUAACUAAAUUCAUUGGAUGUGGCGAGUCUGAAUCCCAUCUAAGGGUUUAUGUUUUACCGUCCUGAUUGCAAAACAUCAUUCUUGUCACAAAAACUGUGUUAAAAUAUGAUAAUUUCUUUGAAAAAAUUAUGUGUAUAUGUGAAAUUACGAAACAUAUAGAAAAUAUUAAUUACUUGGUGGGUGAAUAAGUGUUGGGUAAAUUGAUGAUUUUUGCUUAAUUACCUAACUGGAUGGUAUGUUGUGUUUUGUGUAAACUCAAAAAUCAGAUAAUUGUUGUCUGCUUGCGCAGAUAUAAAUAAAAUGUUUGUUCCUAAUUAAAAUAGAAUCUCUGAAACGAAAUAUAUACAUUAGCAUUUACAUAUUGUAUGUUUCCGAGUUGCAUAGUUUGAAGGAAGGUAUUAAUAAGCUUAUAUAUCAUAUGCUCUUCUUCAUGAACUUUUAUUUAGACUCUGAAUUGUAUAAACUGUAUUAAUAUAUAUUUUUGCUUAUUGAUGGUAUUUUCUACAAGCAUCCUACAAUUAAAAGUCCAUGAAAGGUGGAACUAAAGAUGACCCAAAGACACAUCCUCAGAGGAGUUUCUCUUAUCAUGGCUGAAGUACUUGCUUGUUCUGUUGACUCUGAUGUUCAGGUACCUAAAUAGGUGC